AUGGUGAUACUCAAAUUUAAAAAUGAAAGUGAUUCUAAAAGUGACUACGAAAAGGUUGAGAAGAUAUUUUUCUUUGAUUGGAAGGAAAUCGAAAGUCCGGUGAGUUGACUUUUGUGACGUUUCCAAAAAAGUCUCUUUGAGGUUUUACGUCAUAUCUAAUAUUACUCACGGCAUAAUCUUUUCAUUUCAUAAUUCUGCCAAAAACCUAUUUUUUUGCAGUUCGAUAUUCUUCCAAUGGAAAUGAAAACAAUGAUUUUCAUAUAUUUGGAUCCGGAAGAUAUAACUCAAUUUGGAAAAUGCUCAAAAAGUUGUCAAAAACUAUUCAAAUUAUUCCGACCAAAAAUCAAAAGAGUAUGUUAUCAAGGAAAUGAAAUCAGCCGAUUGAGACAUUCUCAAUGUUGUUUGAUGGAAAUUGAAUUUCAUAAGUAUCCGGGAAAAUAUUAUAAAAUAGAAGUUGAAACAUUGAAAUCAAUCAAUUGGAAAGAAACUCGCUCCAAAAAAUUAUCGACAAAAAAAACUAAAGGAUGCAGAUCCAGUAUUAUACUCAUAAAGUUAGUUUUUCUUGAUUGAAUCUGUGAAAAUUUAGUCACCGAUCAAUUUUGAUCCAAAAAUGAACGUGUUUUUUUUUUCACUGGAAUCGGAAUUUUUUCUUUAAAGGUUGUGACGUGACAAAAUAUAAGCACAUUUCCAAUAAUCAGAACUUUGUAACGUCACAAAGUUGUUAGGUCUUCGAAUUCCCAAUCUACAUGUCACAGUUUGAGAGGCAUCAUAUUUCCAGAUCCACAAUAAUACAACAAUCAACAUACCGAGAUGUGAAAAUACUAUUACAGCGAAGAAAACCGAAAUGUUGUCGAAUGAUUGCUCUUGAAAUGUUCAAAAAUAUUAUUGAAUUCAACAAAUCAACGAUUGAAGAAGUUUCAAUUGAAGCAACUAUUGUUGUAAAUUUUUUUCAAAAAAAAAUGUUUGGGAAGCUAAUUUUUAUUUUCUUAAACUUUGAAUCUAAGUAUCAUUUUAGGAAUCAAGAUACAUGAGAUCAAUCGAUAUUUAUUCGGAAAACUUGAAAAAAUUGGUAAUCGAUGGAUAUUUCUCAAAUCAUCCACAAUUGAAUAAACUUCUCUCGAUUGAAUGUCUUAAAAUGAGAAAUUUCAAUCUUUGCGAGCAACAUUUUCCAAUGAUAAAAUCAAAGUAUCUUUGGAUUCACAAAACAGUUAUGGACAAAAGAAUAUUUGAACAAUUUUUGAAAAAUUGGAGAGAUGGGUUGAUUGAAAAUUUGAAAGUUGUUUCGAUGGUUGGAGAUGAACAUGAAUGGUUUCGCUAUUUGUUUGUUGAUCCUACGAUUCUCAGAUAUGUGAUAGGAGAAAAUGGACAGCUAUUGAAAAGGUGAGUUGAUAACAAUUAUUUACAAGAGGCUUCCAAAGUCCCAAAAUUUCUGACAAGGGACUUCCAUUAGGGUGAUAACGGGUUUUGAAAUACUGCUGACAUGAGCUCCAGUCUGCGCAGCGUAAAUGAGCUCAGCAGCUAAUUUUAAAGGAAUUGUGUUCAGCGCGUUGAGUUACCUAAGACUGUACUUACCUUAUUUCAAUACCCAUUAUCACCCUAAUUGAAUUCACGCUUUAGGAUUCAAAAAAUUUUCAAAUUUUUGUAGCAGAAAUCAUGCAAUAAGAUGUAACGUUGUUUGCUCGCCAUCAGUCAAUUUCAGAAUCCAAGGAGUUAUGAUCGAUCAUUGUCAUAAUUUGCCUGUUCGAAUGAAUCUGAGGCGAGAGGAUUUUUAA